AUUAUUUUCUUUCAACAUGAAAGUGUUAAGAUCUAUUUAAAGUGAUCGAUCAAAGAAUUUUCAAUAUAAUUAGAAAAAAUAUGCCACAAAAUCAUAAGCUUGUUUAUAUUUUGAUAAUCUUUCUUUCUUUAUCUCUUGGUGUAAUCGGUGUUCAAACAAAUCUUUUUAUAAAAUGCAAAAAAAAUGCUGAUUGUCCAAAAUAUAAAUGUGCAUCAAACAAAGUGAAGUGCAUUAUUUUUACUUGUAUGUGCAUGGGCCUGGAUAGCAUACAGUAGUAGGAACACACUAUUUCCUUUUGUCUUUUAAAGACUAAUUUUCCUGUAAAAAUGAACGGUUAGUUAAUGAUGAAAUUAUUUAGCAAAUUUGAAUUAUAUUUUUGGAGGUGCUACAAAGGAUUGAUAUAUGAGCCAUCAAUUUGUUCAUUUUUAAUUAUUAUAUCAGUGUAACAAUUGUCCGUUUUGAAUUAAAUUUUUGUGUGUAUAUUUUUUAUGGCUAUUUGUGUAGUUGUCUUAUUUAGAUGUUGGAUCUCUAGUUUUCUUUACUUCUAGUAUAUGUACUCUAAUUUUAUUUUAUUUUUAUAUAUAAAUAUUAUAUUUGUCAUUAAAAAUAUAAAAUAUCCAUUUUGAAUUAUUGUGAGAGACCUAUUCUCUUUAGAAAUUAUACCAUCAUAAAAAUAUAAAUUUUUCUUAUAAUGGUGGGGAUUAAAUUGUCGUAAUGUUAAUGACUAUUAUGAAUCUUCGAUCUUUGUAUUUUAUUUAUCUGUAUUUUAUUGAUUUAUAUAUAAAGAAGGUUAAAAAGUUAACGGAAAUAGUGGACAUAUAUAGGAGUAUUUUUGGAAGACUAAGCAAAGGAGCCCAUUAAACAAUCUUGCGGUUAACUCAACUCUAUAAAACUGAUUUGUACCCGUGGUGCCUCCGCCCCUGCUUAUAAAUUCAUGUUGAGUAAUCUCAAUCCAUUGAAUGAAAGUAUACAAACAGCAGGCAAGAUGGCAGUUUUGAUUUGGUCUUUGUGGCAAAAUCAAAACAACUAUGUGUGGAAUGAAAGCAAAUUAAGUGCACAACAAGUAGCUAGGAAUGCAAGCGGCACAACUGUGGCAUGAUUGGGCUAUGAUACAAGGCAUCCUUGAGGACGAACAACUGCUGCAACACCAGCAAUCAGCAGCCGAACCAGCAGUCCAUUGGCAGCAACCACCUCCGGGAUUCAUGAAAUGUAAUGUUGACGCAAGCUUUUAUGACACGGCUGAAGCAACCGGAUGGGGAUGGUGUUUACGUGACUACCGUGGACGAUUUAUACUUGCCGGAACUAAUCUCAUGCAUACCAAGCUCAAGACUUUGGAGGGUGAAGCCAUGGGAAAUAAAGAAGCAAUAGAAGAAAUGAUGCAAAGAGGUUUAUCCUAUGUUAUCUUUGAAAGUGACUCAAAAGUAGUAGUUGAUGCUAUUCAUUCUAGGCAAGAUGGAUUAUCCGAGUUUAGUAUUUUAAUUUCUCAUAUUAAGAAUUUACUUAUGUCGAAUAACAACUUUGAGGUCAAGUUUGUAAAGCGACAAGCGAAUAGAGUUGCUCACUCCUUAGCAAGGGCGGCCUAUUCUAUGUUCAGUCGCCGUCUUUUUUAGUCGAUUCCUCGUUGUAUUGAAAACUAUUUGAUUAAUGAAAUGAA